CUGGGUUUUUUGACUAGAGACAGCUGGUCAGCACAGAAUCUGAAGUUCCAGUGGGGGUAAAAUAUAAAAAAUCCAGGAUCAACAUGGCCUAUCAGUCAGAGGUGAUCAUUGAUGCUCAGCCACAACCUACAGGCACCAGCUACACAUUUGGUAAUCAGGGAAGCUGGAAUACUGACCUGUGCGACUGCUGUUCUGACAUGGGCAUCUGUCUUUGUGCCGCUUUUGUACCCUGCAUCCUUGCCUGUCGGGUGUCCGAGCAGGCAGGUGAGUCCUUCUGUCUCCCAUUUUUGCCAGGAGCUCUCAUCGCUCUUCGUACAGGCGUGCGUGAUAAAUACCAUAUUCAGGGGUCUAUCUGUGAAGACUGGAUGGUCAUGUCCUGCUGCCCAUUGUGUGGCCUCUGUCAAAUGGCAAGAGAGCUGAACAGGAACUGAGAAGACGGAAGAGGUGGCCAGGCAUCAUUCUGGUGAAAGCAAACAAAGAGAUGAAGAAAUGAGUCAUGGGAGACAGAGCUACAGCUAUCAGAUCUGAACUGGGGGAGGAAAGAAAGAGGACACUAGAUUGCAAAAGAAUUAAUUUUCAUACCUCUUUGCUUCUUUGUUUACUAGAGUUUGAAAUUCCACCAUGCAAAAUCCUGCAGAAAAGGAAAUGUGUGUGUGUGUGUGUCUGAAAAACACAAAAGAAGAAAAAAUUACAUCCCAUAAGGAACUAAAUUGGAUAUAAUUAUGAGUAAAUACAGAGUAAUAC